AGCCCAUACCCAGCCCACCCUUCUUCCUCUCACACACACCGCAGCGCCGUCGCUCCACCCCUCCGCCGCCGUCGUCUCGCCGUCACCUCCUCCUCCCCCCUGCUCUCCUCGGGCUCGGACCAGAGCGCGCUAGGGCCCAGUCGGCAGGGAAGCAGCGGCCUUCCCAUCCCUUCUUCCCCUCCGGAGAGAGUGUCGCCGGCGAGGCGGCCACCUCACCGCCGCCACCAGUAGACCACGACCCCGAGGCCGGCCACGGCGACUAGUUCCAGUAGCGGGUAAACCUCGGGUCGGGUCGACGUCAAGCAUCUCAGGUACCGCGCUACAUCCCAUCCCAUCCCACGGGAAGAAUAAAUUUCUCCCCUUUUUUACUACUUCUUCGCUACUAGGCUGUACUGCUCGCAAUACGCAUCGUCCUCUGCUCUCCGCUGAAUUGAUCAAGAAAGCAACGCGAUUCAGCUCAUGUACACCUCUCCACGGACAAAGAGAACUGGCAGACGCACUGAACGGAUUUCACCCUGUGUGUGAAAGUAUUGUUGCUUUUCCAUUGCUAAUUCAGGAGAAACACAUGAGGCCAUUGCCACUUCAGUGACUCUUAUUAUCAGUAUACGCUGUGUUUGAUCGCUAGGCGUGGAGCUCUGUUGCGCGUGCAGUUGUAAUAAUAUCAAGCAAGGCAAUACUGGUGACUUGAUUUUUGUUGGUGAUGGAUUGUGGUACCUCUAGCAAGAGACGAGUGGAAGCCCCGGGAGAGGGGGAGAGCAGCGGCAAGAGGCAGAGUGUCACCAUGGGGAUGGACGCCCUCGACUGCCCCGUCUGCUUUCAUCCCCUCAGACCUCCGAUAUACCAGUGUUCCGUGGGGCAUUUCAUAUGCUCUUCUUGCCGUCCCAAGCUCGUGCGCAACAAUUGUCACUUAUGCUCUGCUGAAACUACCUUCAAGCGCUGUUUAGGGAUGGAGCGUCUCAUGGAAUCAGUCAUGAUCCCUUGCUCCAAUGCAAAAUAUGGAUGCGCAGAGAAGCUCACCUACUACCAGAAAGAAGAGCACGAGAAGGCAUGCCCGAGCGCCCCAUGUUUCUGCCCGGCGUCCGGCUGCAGCUUUGCAGGGCCAACAGACGCCCUCCUUGAACAUUCCGCCUCCCAGCACAAGUGGCCGUGUACAACCAUCAAAUACUCUGAAGAUGUUAAGUUCACCCUAGAACCAGGUCUACAUUUUCUUCGUAUCAAAGACAGGGAAAUUUUCCUGCUCAACGUGGCACUAGAGCCAUUCGGGCAUGCCAUCUCUGUCGUCUGCAUCCAACCUAAAGCUACAAACUCCAAGUUCAAGUGUAGGAUGUCCUAUGGUUCCUUUUUGACCGACUAUUAUCAGAUAUCAGUUUACAAGAUACGAAGCUCAUCAUUGUCUGAUGGGCUACCGAAGGGAUACAACUUAAUUCUUCCCAAGGAUGAGAUAGCUGAUGAUGGAAAGGGUAACUUGCUUACGUUCUCCAUCGAUGAUCCUAAUCCUAAAGUAAAGGUGCAUGAGCCCAUAUGUCUGAAACCAGUACGCGGUGUAUGAUUGAAGUGGCAAGGUUCAGCGUGGACCUUCGUGGCCUUCACUGUCUGCGUUUCACGACUUGUAUAUGCUAAGAGGCUUUAUGAUCCCAGACUCUGCUUCGUGCCUUCGUAGUUGUUUCAAUGAAGUGCACUCUGUUUUGGUGUUCCAGUUCAUGUAAGGAAUGUUUUCCUGAUUUGGGAGGCGUCUGAUCAAAUAUUUGAUGCUAUGAAAAUUGUGACACCGCCGUGCAAUUGUGUCUGAAGUACUAAAUGAUCAUUUGGUUCUGCUGA